UCUUCAAGGUGUCAUGAUGAAAUAUAGAGCUGGUCUCUUCUGGUUGCUCAGCAUUGGAUCGUUGGUGAGCGGUUCUGGGAUGCUGCCAGGGCCCCCAUGCGAAGUUGCAGCACAAACAUGCUUCGAGCAUGCCACCUGCAGUACAGAAAUUAGAGCAUGCGUCUGUGAGGAAUUCUUCGUUAUGAGUGGCGACUGGACGAAAUGUCUUCCAGUGGCUGCUAUUCCAUACGAUUCUGCUUGUGAAGAGAACACCCAGUGUUCUGCCAGAAUGGGACAAGGGUCGAGCUGCCUGUCGGGGAAAUGCGCGUGCAAGGACGGUUUCCAUUACUUACAGGGAAUGUGCCACAAGAGCUCAGGAUAUGGCGAGCCAUGUAUUGUGGAUAAUGACUGUUAUGGGGCUUUCAGUUAUGAGUCGCUUUCUUGUGUGGAACAAAAAUGCGAUUGUUCCGAAGGCUACUACCUGGUAGGGCGCAGCUACUGCCGAAGAAUGGGCAACGUUGGAGAAGAAUGUGUGUUUGACAUGGACUGCCAGUUUGAAGCGGGCCACUGUGAGAGUAACAUUUGUGUCAAUACUGCCGAAGGAAGCCAGAACGUAUUGUCUUUUGUUGGCAAUUCAGUGUCUAACUACUCUACGGAGAUCACAACAGAAUCUCCGAAGAUAGAACUUGGAGAUGCUUGCGAAUUGCAUGAGGAAUGCACAGCUGCUAUAGAAAAUUCUGAAUGUUUCGCAAAUUUCUGCGUGUGCACACCCGGGUACUCAAAUUUUGAUGGCUCUUGUAAACCAGAUCUUGGUGGGACUUGUUCCGAGACAGGGGAUAUUGACUACAUAAGCAGAGCAGAGUGCAGGGGCAACAUACUGCGCUGCAAAGCUCCAUACAUUAUCACGCAAGACAACAGGGAGUGCAGAAUCGGCAGGCUUUACGGACUGCAGUGUCAAGUGCCCGAGCAGUGCAGGUUCAGUGGCGAACAUGCUAUAUGCACGGCUGUUGGUAACAGAAAUUUGUGCCAGUGUGCUGCUGGACACCGUUUCGUGGAUGAAAUCCAGCUCUGCUCGCCAAUCAAAGGGAUUGGAGAAGAGUGUGAAUAUCCAUAUGACUGCGUAGUGACCAGCGGGAAUGUGCAUUGUGUAGCGAACACAUGCACUUGCUUGGAAGGAUUCCACGUCACGAGGGGUGACUGCACUCCUGAUGUCAAAGCGCUGGGUGACCCUUGCCUGGACACGACAGACUGCACGAAUGCAAUCCCAUAUUCUUCCUGCAUCAGCAGCAAAUGCCAGUGUAGCAGCGGCUACUUUGAAGAUCCGACUGCAGACAAUGUGUGUGUCACAGUUGCUACAACACACGGAGAUGAUUGUCAGGAAGAUGUCCAGUGCCACGAGACACUUGGACAAGAUGGCGGUGCCUGUAUUGACGGCGCAUGCGCCUGCAAGGAAGAUUAUCACUUCCGAAGCGACUUCUGCAGGGAGAAGAGAGUGCUGGGCGAAGUUUGCGAACAAAACAGUCAGUGUUACUUGGAAUCCAAAGAACUGGACAGAGUUGAAUGUCGGAAUGGCAUUUGUCAGUGCGGCUACUCGUACACGCAGACACAGAAUCUAGAUUGUUCAUCUGGUGUCGGCAAUCAUAGCCCAUUUUUCGAGUUCAUUAUUGGAGCUUUGAUGUGGGCCCUUCUGAGAGAGACAAAGUGGAAGUAGGACACACGUGAUGGAUGGACAACCUUGAUCGAUUGAAGAAACGCCACUCUACAUAACAGUUGCAGCUACGACUGCAGGAAACGAAAUUCCACCAUGCAACAACAUUCACGCGAUUUGCAGACACGCUCCUUUAUCGACCGAAGACAUUGCAUGACGUCGCUUGCGACGUCAUGGGAUAUUCCUUACGACAUUUAAACGAGAGGCUUUACAGAAAACAACUGAAGUACUUGCAGAAAAUUUUAUUUAAAUUCAAAGUCUGGAUUCUAAUUUAAUUUUUAAAGAUAUAAGUUUUACUUAUAGGAAUUAAAUUAAAUGCCAUAAACAUUCUUAACUGCAGUAGAAUCAUAAUUUAAAAUUAAUUUGUAUUUUAUAAUCAAUAUAAAUGCCUCACUCUUGCGUCUGUAUGGAACACCAUAACAACUGAGUACUACAGGAACAAGAACAACUGAACUACAUGCAGUAACUAUUAGACUAUCUUGUUGGAAUACCUAGAAUUCUACCAGAAUAAGACUAGAAAGAAAUUAUAUGUUACACUCACAAUAAAAUACGGAAUACACAUUUGCUGGCUAAAUCCCUGAAGAGUAGACCUGGGAAUGGUAUGGUGAUUGUUAAAUUUUUACCCAGGUUACGUCUGUCCGUGUGUUCACUUCAUGCGAGGGUGACUAACCACACGAUAUUCUUAAAGUAGAAGGGUUAUGGGACAUCUAAAAACUUAAGAUUAAAACAUAUAGAACUGUAAUUUCCCUUUUGCUUUGUAUGCGAAAUUAUCCUCUCAUUCUAAGGGAAGACGAUACAUUCAGAGUGCCCAAGAUAAAGAUGCUGAAGAUGAUAUUUGAAUCUACCCUCCUCGGUAGUUGAUGUAACUGAGUGAUCAGCCUCAGGCCCCGUCUUAUUUACUCAGGAAAAGAAUCUUAUACCCGCGGAUAAGAAGCAAAAUCUGUCACAUAUUUGGUCUGGAUACUGUAAGGGAAGCAUUGAUUCCUGUCCGGGCAGUUAUUAGAGCUCUGGCCGCCCAGACCGUAGUCACUCACCCAAUUCGCGCAACUACAAAGACUCACUGGGAAUACUGGUUUAGUUCUAAUUAGCUACCUACCUACCUACCUACUGCGCCAUAGCUCAAGGGGUUAG